GCUAGGCGUCUUCUUUACAGCAACAAAACUGGAUUUAUCAUACAGCAUUGCGCUAAAGUGACCAACAAAAUAGGAUCCUGCAGAUUGUGUAUAACCAGAACAAACCAUUUAUAUCAUGAACUAAAUAUUAAACAUUUGUGUCUGUGAUUUGAAUUGGUUAUUGGAAGAAAAAAAAUAUUUUGAAGUAAUCACAACAUGGAAAUUGCACAGGAGGUGGAACCUAUUCUGAAAUCACUAAGGGAUCUGAAAAGCUAUGACAAUGAAGAAGCCCUUAAACUUCUUCAGCAGCUGUGUCAGCUCUAUUUUAAAUACAAAGCUGAUCAGGAUCGAUGUGCGCUUGGGGAGCUUCUGGUCAAAGAAGGGGGGGCAGAAUUCCUUGUUCAACUCUUGAUUAAUUUCUCCAAUGCCGGCUUCUUCAGUAGCAAUGCUGUUUGGUUCCCUGCUUACUACACAUUUAGUGCAAUAUGGAACUUCAGUGAUGCAAGUUUAAUCUUUGGACAAGAGCUUGGUAAUCUUGGACUAAUACAACAUCUGGUAGCAAUCCUUGAUCAUAAACCCUACAAGGAAAAACUGGAUCAAAAGAAUGUCUACUAUUUAGUAAAGGCUUCCCUCUGCAUACUGCAUAACGUUGCCAAGGUGCACGAGAACAGACCCCUUCUUCGUCAAGAGAACGCUGUGCAGAAAGUCUCGAGCUACACCAAAGUGGAGGAUGAGCUCUUGAAGGUGGUGUCUAUCAUGCUGUUGGGCUACAUUAUCGAUGAGGAUGAAUCUGAUCUUAUCAUGGACGAAUCAGGUGCCAUAGAGAACAUGCUUAGGCUGCUCCAGGGAGCUUUAACCGCACCAAAUCGCCGUUGUCGUGGUUACAGGUCUGAAGAAAUUGCUGAAGGGUUGGGUCUCAUUGCAACUUGUGAGAAAAAUAAAAUCAAGAUGUUUCAAGCUGGAGCGAUUCCGAAAUUAAUGCUGAUGAUGGAAAGUGGCAGCAGCCGGGAGAAGAUAUUUGCUAUCAAGGUUGUUUGGCAGCUUGCCUUUCAUCAAACAACACGGGAAAAGCUAAAAGAAAACAGCGAUCUGAUGAAGCUCCUGGAAGAACUGUCCAAAGACAGCGACAGCGGCGUCUCUAACACAGCCCAGGGAGCAAGAUGGGUGAUAGAAAAGCAGGCUGAGGAAAAAUCAAAGACAAAGAGGGAGAGCUCACAACCAGAGACAACGGGACAUGUGAUGAUCAGCUACCAAUGGGAAAACCAGAAAGUUAUGUUGGAGGUGAAUAAAAGACUACAGAGUGUGGGGAUCAAGGUGUGGAUGGAUGUGGAGCACAUGGCCGGAUCCACACUGCAGGCCAUGGCUGAGGCAGUGGAGAAGGCCUAUGUUGUUGUUAUAUGUAUCUCUCCAAAAUACAAAGAAAGUCCAAAUUGCAGAACAGAGGCUGAAUACAGUUUCCAGUUACGAAAAGAGAUGAUCCCACUCAUGAUGCAAAGAAACUAUAAGCCAGACGGGUGGCUGGGAGCUGUUUUAGGGACCAAGCUUUGGGUUGACUUCACCCAAAAAAGUAUCUUUGAGGAAAGCAUGAACCAGCUGAUAAAGCUUAUUGGGGGCUAUGCACCACUAAGUAAUGAUGCAGUUAAAGGUCCGAUUGUACCUUCAAAUGCAAACCAGCAGAUGGCCAAUAAAAGUGUCCCUGUUGUGAGCACCUGGACAAAGGAAGAUGUUGCCGCGUGGUUGAAAGAAAAUAAGCUGGACUUCUGUCUCACCCUGUUUGCAGCGUAUGAUGGGCCACUGAUGCACCAGCUACAGCAAUUACGCAAGGAGGCUCCAGAUUUUUUCUUCAAGAGUCUCAGAAGGGAUAUAGGUUUCAGCUCACUGACUGAAAUCCUACAGUUUAUUGAUGCCCUGGAAAAACUACAUAAUUAAAAGUCCCAGUCACACAAUGUAACUGUGUGUAUAUGAAUGCACAUGACAACAGAAUGAAAGUGGUUGAGCUAAUUAUUGGAUGUAUCCACAGUUUUACAGAUCACCUUUAUAAGUUUAGCUAUUGAGACCUAUUAAAACACAAAAAUAAUUACAAAAAAUACUAUAACUGUGUACAUUUUUUGUGCUUUAUAAGAAAAACAAAAUAUUCUGGUGAAUAUAUUUUCACAGUUCAAAAGAGGAAACAUUCGAGAUACAAAGCAGUUUAGUACAGACUGAAAAGGCAGCCAUUUGUGUACAUUUUCCAAAUAAAUGAAUACUUAAAAAAUAUGUUCAGCAAUGCAAACACUGGAAGUAAGUUUAUACGUUGUCUUUAUUGCUUUGCUUAUAAUUGUGUUAUUUUAUUGCCACGUUUUAAUUGCAAAGGACAUAUAGAACUAUAUAUUGUAUAUUACAUUUAUCUACCUCGGCAUGAACUGUUUCUCUCACAUCACACAUGAGAACAAGGUUGCAAUCGAGAGUGUGCGGUAUAGUGGUUAUACAGUGCUAACCUUUUCAAACUUUACAUCAAAAUAGAGACAGAUGUCUCUAUUAUAGAACUGAAUAUUGGAUAAACUUAACUCAGUACUGUACAACCCAAAAUGAUUAAAAGCAUUGUAAUGUAAUAGAUAGUUAACAAAAACAUGUAUGUCAAUUAAUGGUGAGGCUGACAUUUUUGUAGUCUGCAUUUUACGGAAGGGCAUUGCUGCGCCACUUGGAAAAAAAAACCAAAAAACAUAUUACGUUAAGCGUUUCAAGUACGGUAUUUAUAUGACACGUUUCACGUAAUUACCUGUAGUUUACACGUAUUUACAUGAUACGUUGUUAAGUAAUUACGUAUUAGGAAUGUAUCACGUAAUUACAUGACACAAAAUAAUCACCUGUUUUUC